ACUAGUGGGCGUGGCGGAGUGACAUCGACAGCGCUCUUCGCGUUUUCCUUUUUGAGAAAGUGCUCCGAGUUUUGGAAAUAGAGGAGGAGGGUGAAGCGGACUGCCGGGUUGAAGGGUCUUGGGGGCAGCAUCACUUUCGAAAGUUUGUCUCGGUUAUUUCCUGGAGUGUCCGAACCACCAACUGGCCUGGUUUGUUUACAUUUUGUAGCUCAGGCGUACCCGCGUAUGCGUUUUAUCAGUCGUUGGCGAGACAUCGCGCCAACACUCCAGCUUGUUUGGCUGGUGUUUAGAGACUCGGUCCAGUAAAUAGAAUGUUACCGAGCCGGGUUGGAUCGGCACCAUCUGGAAACGGGUCAGCUUCGGGCAGAGGUAACACAGGACACGGUUCGGGGGUUGUCGGCAGCGGGAUCCGUCCCGUUUUGAUCAGAGCAGGGCAAGCUUUACCGGGGGUCAGCGAGAGCACCGGGCGACAGGGGGGGAGAGACGCCGUCGGGAUGCUGGGGGCUAAUGGUCCAGGAGGUCCGAGAGGAGGAAGACCGGGCAACGGGACUGGGGUGAACCCCCUACAGACCGCCGUCCAGGGCAACAUGGUGGGGUUAAACACCGGAGUUGUGUUACCUCACGGAGCCAGGUUCGACCCGGACAGAGAGAGUGCUCCUCUUUGCAGCGGCUCGGAUAAUGACUCGGACUCCGGGGACGAUGAUGACCCAGUGGGUUCACUCGGGGACAACAGGAGAGGGGUGAAGCGGGAGAGAGAGAUGGAGGCUGCGGUGACGGGUCAGGAGGUGGCGAUAACCCCCGGUGGUUACGGCAUGGUGCCCGGAGGGGUCGUCGGGGCAAAGCCGGGGAAGAAGACACGUGGGCGCGUAAAGAUAAAGAUGGAAUUUAUUGACAACAAGUUGAGACGGUACACCACGUUCAGCAAGAGGAAGACGGGUAUUAUGAAAAAGGCAUACGAACUCUCCACCCUGACGGGAACCCAGGUUCUGCUGCUUGUGGCCAGUGAAACGGGCCACGUCUACACUUUUGCCACCCGCAAACUCCAACCCAUGAUCACGAGCGAAACGGGCAAAGCCCUGAUCCAAACAUGCCUCAACUCGCCGGAUUCGCCACCGCGCUCUGACCCCUCCAUGGACCAGCGCAUGAGUGCCACGGGCUUUGAGGAGACGGACCUCACCUACCAGGUGUCUGAGUCAGAGAGCAUGGGCGACACAAAGGAUUCACUGAAGCCGACGUUCACGGUAGCCAGCCUACCAGGCACUACCAGCAGCACCCAGUCCACAGUACCCACCACCUCCACCACCAUGCAGGUGAGCAGCGGAGCUUCAUUUCCCAUCACCAACUAUCUGGCGCCCGUGUCGGCCGGCGGCAAUGUCAGCGCCAACGGUACUGUCCUCAAGACCGCCGGCGGCUCCACGGGGGUCAUGCAGCUGCCCGGCGGCUUCACUUUCAUGCCUGCAGGCACUCCUCUCCCCCCUGGCACCCCCACCAUUCCUCUGAGCCAGCUGCAGCAGCACUCCCUGGCCCUCCAGGGGCAGCAUGGUCAGGCCCUGGCCGCCGCCCCACAGCCACAGCAGGGACAGCAGGCUGUCUUCCGCUUCCCUGCUGCUGUCUCCCUCACAGGAGCAGGGGUUCCUCAGCAGCUCCAGGCUAUCCAGGUCCACCCAAACACCCAGGUCACCUCCAACAGCGACAGCAGCCCAGAGAUCUCCCACACCUCCACAAACUCUACCGCAACGGUGAGUCUCCCAGCAACCAUCGUCACCUCGUCAGUGCCAACAUCUGUGGCCGGUCACAUGAUGUACCCCAGCCCCCACACGGUGAUGUACGCGUCCACACCGACACUGGCUGACGGGGGGCUGGCUGUGCUCAACGCCUUCUCCCAGGGCACCUCGGCCAUGCAGGUGUCCCACGCACAGGGCCAAGACACAGGUGCUGUCCCUCAGGUGUUCCUUACAGCACCUCCAGGCACGGUGCAGAUCCCCGUUUCAGCGGUGCAGAUACACCCAGUACGGCAAGAUCUGCAUUUUACAAAUGGUGAUUGGGCAGCAGUCGAGCGGCAGCAGCAGUAACCUGACGGAGCUCCAGGUGGUCAACCUGGACGCAGCACAGAGCUCGAAGAGCGACUGACAGGCAACCGGAGCUGUUGGUAGACCCAGGGACACAGACAGACGAACAGACAGACUGACCGACAUCUCUAUUUAUUGAUGCCUUCCUACAGAGUUUCACGUUACACUUCUGAAUGUGACUUUAAAGUACAUAUACACACACACAGACACACACAAUCAUGGGCAUAUGUGUGUCUGACCCUUAUACAGCAUACAGUAUGUUUUGGUAUAUAAAUAUAUAUAUAUUCGCAAAUGCAUAGGAAAUAUAUCACUACACCCAUCAUCGGAAGCUAUUUUUAUGCCGUUAGAUGGUGUUAUUUUUUUGUGUGUGCGCGUGUGUUUUUUUUUUUUUUGGAAAUGUGUAAUUACAUGUACACACACUGCAACGUGCCACAGCUUCACACCAGCCAAAGAGACAUUUGUUUGUCUGAAUGUUCCAGUGUGAGCAACUCGUGCACGAGCAUGUGUGUCUGUGCACGUGCAUAUCUGGGGUUUGUAAAUGGGUGGGGGGGGGACGACGCUGACUAUAAAAAAACAAAACAAAAAAAACAAAAAGAGACAUUUGGAAAUGUACAUAUUUUUUCUUUUUUUAAAUUGAUAACUUGUAUUUUUAGCCCAUUUUAGUUUGUGCAACGGCAUGUAGUUGUUUUUUACGUAGUGGUUUUGUAUGUACAUGAUAAUGAUUUGCAUAAAGAAAAUGAAUUAUUUACAUGUAUAUGUAAAUUAAUUUAAUAUACCAUCAUCUGUUGAUAUACUGUCAUGGUGUGGGGAGUUUUCACUACAGGAUGGAAAAAGGACGCUGGAUGUUUUUCUACAUUAUGUUUUUUUUUUUUUUUUGAUUGUGACAUUUGUAGGUCUGUCCUCCAAACAGGAUCAAGUAGCUGGCUCACAUAAUGUAAAACAUAAGUUAUUUAUGAUUUACUGUCGUUUACUUUAGCUGGGAAGACUUAAGUGCAACAGCUGAUCAUGGGUUUUGCAUGUGACGUUUCCUACUGAAGCCCUGAUCCGGCACUUGGUUAAAACUAUGACAAUCUGAUGGAAAAUAUUAUUUUUAUUUAUCUCAGCUUUUAGCUUAAUUCUCUUCAUUCUCAUGUGUUCACAUCCAUGAGUUUCAUUUGACAUUCUUCUGAUAGAGUCGGUAUCAAAGUGAUAUUUAAGUUCAUUUACUUUUAAAGGCCACAAUAGUUGACUUGAUGCUUUUCUGGGUAACAAACCUGAGUGCCAAACGGGUUUUCAUGACAUCACAUAAAUAAAUGAACUUCAUGCUGUCCCGGUUUGUUUAAAAGGUGAUCCAUUGUAAACCUGUUGCUUGGAUUUGCCUCCACUAGACUGCAGAACUUUAGUUAUGUGAUGCUACUACUGACUUGAGGCAGGGCAUUGGACACAAAUGUUUGACAAGACACUGUAUAGACUAUAUAGGAAAUUCCACUUCAGUACUGCAAGCAAAGCUUUAGUGUUUCGUCAUACGGAAGCACUCGAUGUUAUUCAGUGCAGCUGCAAUGCUGUAGUAUUACAAUAGUAAUGAGUGAAUAUUUUUGUAAGAACAAUGAUCUUUUAAUUUGGGAAAAGUGACUUCAGGUGCUUUAAAAUAUUAAUAUGCUCCUUUUUUUUUAACAAGAACUGUAAGACCCUAGCUGACUGCAAUCUCAGUGUGUACCUCAGCAAUCAUUAAGAAUGAGUUAUGAGACUGAGAGCCUUCUUUCUGUACCAUAGUGCCUCUUUUCCAUGGCUGAUCUUUUUUUUUUUUUUAAAUCACUGCAAGGGAAGGAAAAUGUAGGAUUUACUUUAUUUCCAGACCACUUCUCAUGACUCUGGACUUCAUCACAAUCCUCUGCCGUGUCCAGUAUGUGAGAUUUCAUUUCUACAGAAUUAGCUGGAUGACUGAGCGUGACUGGCUUGAAGUCAAAGAGAGGAUAAAGUACCCAGUUCAGUUAUUCACUGGUGAGAGGGGUCAUUUUCAUGCUCUGUGUUCUCUGGUCUGUUCCUGUACAUGAUGUCAUGUCAUCCUGCAGGGCUGUUCGCAUAGGAAAAUUACAGGUUAAAGACAUUUAAUGCCCCCAUAUUAUCUGGUGGUUUUUCAAAGAUAUUAUUUUAAAAAGGGGGUAUAUUAAGCAGAAUUUGUGGUUUUCACCUUGUCAUUGAAAGAAAUGGUUAUUUUGUGUAUUUUUCUUUUGUUGUACAGACAUUUUGUAAUAAAAAAACGAGAUGAAACACAACAAACUGUUCAAAGAAUGACCACAUCUCCUGCUGGAGAACAUUUUCUCUCUUUUUUUAAUUGGGACGGAGAAUGUUAAACAAAACCAUAUUGUCCUGAAUGAAACACUGCGGUGUUGAAAUGAAGAUGGCUGAUGAGGGAUAAAAUGAACCAGUGCCUGUUGGGUGAGUCAUUGGGAGUCGGGAGGAGUGAGCAUGCACCUUAUCUUAAUGUUAUAAUUAUGCAUUGCACAAUCACAAAAUCAAACUGGCCAUGAGAUCGAUGAAGCAUAAUGAGACACACAAAGGGGAAAGCAGCGAUGAACAUGAAAGAAUGCAGCAACAUCAUACAGUGAUUGGUCUAAGCUGACACAAGAAAAUUAAUCAGUUGGCAUCAGAUUUUUUUUUGACUAUACCGAGUCUUUUACAUCUUCCCGAACUAAACAGAGUCUAUGUAACACAAGAGAUAGGCAUAAUAAGAUCACAACAGACUGUGGUGAAGCAGAAACCCCUGACACAUCGAUUCUAGGAGUCCUCAGAGAUCCACAGUGUGAAGUAAGGCAUCAUAUCUCCCUGUCAGUGUCUUCAACGAACAAAGUGCUGACAGCUAAGAAAUCAUCACAGAUGGCUGGACUGCCUUUUUUUUUCUCUCUUUCUUUCAACGAUGAAAAAUAAUGUGUAAGCAUGCAAUUACGCCAGGUAGUAUAUCUCUAUUGCUAUUGUACACAUACAAUAUACAAAUGUACAGAAGAAGUUGGAAAGAUAGUUGAUUAAAAAAUGUGCAUGAUUGAUAAUUUAAAAAAAGAUUCCCAUUAAAAUAGAAUUGUUACUCCCGGCACAUCCUAGAUUUUUUUUUUUUUUUUUUUUUUUGGUUUA